UAAACAGCACAUCACGACAAAAGCAACCGAUAAUGAUGAACCAAACUACCGCCAAUGCGUAUUGGCAUGUAGCUCCGCCGCCGCAGAUCAACGAACAACAUGACGAAGACAACAGAGAAUCAUCCGUUGCCAUUCAACGAUAUCACACUCAAAAUGUGCAACGAAGGCAUAGCUGGCUUUAUAUCUAAACUCUAUCUAGCACUGCAAGCACCCGAUGACGGCAAUAAGUACGCACGAUGGACAAAGGCAAAUGAAUUUACGGAUACGGUCUUACCAAAGCUUUUCAAGCACUGUAAAUUUGCAUCCUUUGUAAGACAGCUGAAUAUAUAUGGAUUUCAGCGCGAUACCGACGCAAGGAAAUACAAGGAACCAAAAGAUCGAGAGUCUUGUCGCUGGUACCAUGUCAACUUUCGACCUGGUCGUAGAGAUUUAUUCCAUCUCAUUCGCCGAAAGACUUCUGUAUGUAACAAGCGGCGACGUCGGUCUUCACAGUUGGUCAAAGCUGAAGCACUAGACACCGAAACCAUCAUCCCGGUUGGGUCGGACUCUGAACAUGACGAUUAUUACGAAAAUAUGCAACGUAGCGGGAUAGAAGAUAAACGACGAUUACAGGAUGUAUCGAAGCGAUCCAUGGUUUUGAAUAGCCCUUUGGCAUCGAUGCAUCAGCAACAACCGCCCAAUCUAAAUGUUAAUUUAUCGAGUCGAAAGCAUGCAAUGGUCUUGCACUGUGACGACAAUAACACACUGUACCUUAAGCAACAAAUCUUAGAAUUGAAACAAAUGUGCCAGAGCAUGGAGAAGACAUUCGCUCAUGAAAUUGCUAGAGCACAAGAGCAGAUACAUACACAAAAACAACAGCUGGAUAUGAUUCAAUCGGUUGUAGAGUCGUUACGACAGACGCCAGGUAGGUUGAGACGCCAGUUAUUUUCCUUGGGUAGGCAAUGAGGAUCUAUCCAUUUGUAGUGGUGGUGAUGAUCAUUCUUGUUAAAAGAUAUUGUUUGUUCCUCUUUUCAUCAGGCAAUUCUCCAUCACGAGGCAAUAACAAUGAAGUGGCAACCAGUUCGGCGUUACCGCCCUACCUGGGCGACCUGAAUGUAGACGGAUCCCCAAAACUUGUUGAGACCAAUUCUCAUUCUCCAUUGGAACAGACCAUAUACGAUGAACGACAACAUCGG